UAAAAUACUUUCAUUUCAUUUCAAACCAUCACCAAAACUUAAAAAAGUUCGUUUACUUUCACUUCAGUUGCCCCGACUUUUUAAAAUCAUGAGCGAUCUCUUGGAUGCGAGAAGUAGGAGAGCGAAGAGCACAUUCCUGUAUCCAUUGCUAUUGUUAUUAUUGCUGGCAUGUUAUUUUCCCUCUAUCAUCUCACGCGCCUUGGUGGAGGGUGAUCGAUAUUCAAAAUCCUGCAAGAAUACAAUCCAAGGAAGACACUUGUUGGCGGAUGAUCAAGGCUAUGUAUGUGGUGUCUUAUCCAUCAAUCCAUUGUCUGGUUGCUGCCCUCAAACAAGUGAGCGGUUUUCAUGUCAGGGGUGUAAUCUUAGCUCACAAUGUUGUGAUUCUUAUGAAUUCUGUGUAUCAUGCUGCUUAAACCCAUCUCAGACAGUAAAACAACUUGCAGUCAAGAUGAAGGUGGCUAAACAUGCUACAGCAGGCACAUACGGAAGUGUUUUUAAUUAUUGUACUGGAAGGUGCCGUCAUAAUUCAGCAAGCGUGGUUCAUGAGAAUGCUUAUGCGAGUGAAAUGCAUCACUGCUUUUCCUCACAGCUAAACUCAUCUGGUCUUGUCAUGCCUCAUUCUGAAGUAGAAUCGUCAGACAUAUCCAUCAUAAUAGCAAGGAAGGGCGAAUCGUGUACUUCAGCUUGCAGGUCAAAGGGACAGACAUGCAUAUUGAGGAGGCUUUUGGAUUUAAAUAAAUGUGAAGUUCUGCAGAAAUAUUUGAGUUGUAAAGGGGCGUGUGUAGGCAGCAUAGGGUCUGAUCAGCCAGCAGAAGUAAUUGAUAGUGCUCCAAGGCAUUUGCAUCCUGGGGCGUGUCUUUUUACCACAAAGUGGGCAUUUCUCUCGUGUGAUGGUUCCCAUCCAUAUACACGGAGGUUGUGCCCCUGUGCAUAGCUUGCAAAUCUUGUACAGUUUUCUUCAGAUGUUUUUAAAAACAAAUUAUCUUAAGUAACAAGAAAGUUUUGACUUAACCAGACUUUUAUGUGCCUGGGCAAUUUUAAAGAUGAAGUCAUUCAUGUGUUCUACUUAAAUCAUAGGACAGGUGGAUAUGACAAUUUCAUUCCAAUAACACUUAAUGUUCUGCAUCUGGGGGAGCUGAAUUUUAAUUUUUAAGUGUAUAUUAAUGUAAUGUGUAUGGUGACAUCUACAUAAGUACGUGAUAAAAUAACUAGGAUUUUCAAUGGAGAGACAUUUUGAAAAGAAAACU